UACGGGCUAAGUCUAGUUUCUUCUAAACGCCAGACCCAGCCCAUUAAACGUAGCCAGGGUUUCUUCUCCAACCAGAAGUUCUCUUCCAUAAACCUCACACUCCCUAGCAGCGUCCUUCUAUUUUCCAGGUUCUUUCAUUUUUGUUCUCUGGACAGGACUCUGAAGAGGGUUGCUUUUAGAGGUUUCAGUCAUGAUAAGCUUGCGGGUGACACAAUUCGUGAAGCUGUUACAACUAUGAAAAAUGGUGUGAACGAUAAACCACGCAAAUUCGUUCAGACUAUUGAGCUACAGAUUGGUUUGAAAAACUAUGACCCCCAGAAGGACAAGAGGUUCAGUGGCUCUGUUAAGCUGCCACACAUACCCCGCCCCAAAAUGAAGGUCUGCAUGCUUGGAGAUGCUCAGCAUGUGGAGGAGGCAGAGUCAAUAGGCUUGCAAUGGAUGGAUGUUGAAGCACUGAAGAAGCUGAACAAAAACAAGAAAUUGGUGAAGAAGCUUUCAAAACAGUACCAUGCCUUUUUGGCAUCAGAGUCCGUAAUCAAGCAGAUUCCCCGUCUUUUAGGCCCUGGCCUCAACAAGGCAGGAAAGUUCCCAACCCUUGUGACUCAUCAAGAGUCGCUAGAGUCUAAGGUCAACGAGAUCAAGGCAACCGUCAAGUUUCAAUUGAAGAAAGUGCUGUGCAUGGGUGUUGCUGUUGGUAACUGCGGUAUGGAGGACAAGCAGAUCUUCCAGAAUGUGCAGAUGAGCGUCAAUUUCCUUGUCUCACUUUUGAAGAAGAAUUGGCAAAAUGUGAAGUCCCUGCACCUAAAGAGUACCAUGGGGACACCAGUCCGCCUCUACUAAGCGAGCUCUACUUUACAGCGUUAUAGUUCUGGAAUCCUUUCUGAACAGAGCUUAUGAUUGUUUUCGGAAAUAUGAAAUUUUUGUCGUUGGAUUUUUCCUUGCAUUUUUCUUGAAUGCUUAGCAUUUUUGUCAACUGAGUUGUGUAUAUAUAUUUGUUUAUCUGA